AUGGCGUUCCGCUCCACGGCUGCGAGGUUCCAGCAGGUGAUCACCACCGCCGCCAAGACCCCCGCUAAGAAAUCGCUCGCGGAUGCGAAGAAGAUGGCGUCCUUCUCCAAGAAGAACGCUCCCGCGGACUGGGUCCAGCGAUCCGACCACCACCUCAUCACCAUCGACAUGCCAGGAUUGUCUCACGAGGAUUUCAAGAUCACCACGGAUGCCAACGAGAUAACCAUCAAAACCAAGGAGCGCGAGAGGGUGGAGCUCGAGGAUGAUAAGUGGCACGCCAAGGAGCGCUACGUUGGCACCGUGGUUCGCAAGUUUGAGUUCCCUGACGGCGCCAAGCUGAGCAAGGAGGACGUGGAGGCUGUGUUUGACAAUGGCGUGCUCACGCUCAAGGUUCCCACGGAUCCGGAGAAGCCGAAAGAGACCAUCACGAUCAAGCCUGGCAACUGA